AAAAGAUGACCACCAAGCAAACCGAACAGCAUACUGCUGAUGAAAGAUCACAUCUGAUUGCAUCCUGUGACAGUCAAGUGACGACUUCAGAGGACUACCAAACAAUCGGUGAUGUUGAGUCAUUGUAUGGAAGUGAACGCAACAGCGAACAUGGAGAAGAAAGGUACAGCCGUGCUUUCGUUGCUCAAGUCGUGGGGGCACUAUUGAUAGGUGUUUUCACGUCCAACGUAGAUGGGUCGCUCGUCCUUGCUACCCAUCCAGUCAUUUCGUCGGAGUUUCACGACCUCGAAGAUUCAAGCUGGUUGUUUAUCAGUUUCUGGCUUGCUGGUGCUGCUACCCAGUCAUUGUACGGAAAGAUUUGCGACAUUUAUGGUCGAAGGACUAUACUUGUCAUUAGUUAUGGCCUUUUUGCCGUUGGAUGUGCUGUGAUCGGUCUUGGUCAGUCUAUGUGGCAAAUCAUUCUUGGUCGCGCCUUAUCCGGCUCUGGGCAGGCUGGCAUGUGGGUUUUGGCAGCAGUCGUCAUCACUGAUCUGGUCCCUCUGAGAGACGUUGCUCCCUGGCAAAGCUAUCUAAAUGUAAUCGCAACAAUAGGACGAAGUUUUGGGGGUCCAUUUGGCGGGUGGCUUGUUGAUGUAGUCGGCUGGAGAUGGUCAUUCCUUGGGCAGGUCCCUAUCUUUAUAGUCGCAACGGUACUCUGUUUGGUUGUAUUCUCAAGAUUUCAGCCACCCCAGCAAGGAGGGGACUCAGAUAAUGCAGUCCCUCGGGGCAAUCUAUCUCAAAUUGCAAGGAUCGAUUUCGUUGGGCUUAUAACUCUUGGGCUAGGGAUUCUAAGCCUCAUGUUACCUCUCGAGAUUGGAGGCCACAAGAUUCCUUGGUCCCACCCUACCAUAUUCAUCUUAUUGGCGAUUGGAACCUUACUUCUCGGAUUGUUCGUUCUGGCCGAGACCCGUUUGGCCAGAGAACCUAUCUUUCCUUUGAGAUUGUUGCGAAGUCGCCAGGCGUUAUUAGGGUACCUUAUAGUGGGAUGUAUUCUUGCGGCACAGUCAGGAAUGGUAUUCACAAUACCCGUAUAUUUCCAAGUUACCCAAAGGUCAUCUAGCACGCUUGUGGGAGCACGUUUAUUUCCGGCUGUUGCUGGUAAUGCAAUCGGUGGUAUUCUUUCCGGACAUUUGAUCCGCAGGACUGGACGAUACAAGUUGUUGGCAAUAUUCGCGUCGUUAACCUCAGCUCUUAGCUAUUUGCUGAUGGUAAUUCGGUGGAAAGGAGACACCAGUUGGGCCGAGUCAUUAUACAUAUUCCCAGGCGGGCUAGGGUGUGGUAUCAUACAGAGUGCGGUGUUCAUUGCCAUUCAAACUUCUAUCGAUCCCAAAGACAAGGCACCAGGUAUCUCGGGCUUCUUCUUAGCAACACAAGUCGGCACCGUCAUAGGAACCUCUGCUGUUAGUGCUUUAAUGAUUGGGGGCUUGCAACAAUCAUUGAGGGCUAGGCUCAUCGCGCAGGGGCUAUCUCAACCCGAGUUGAACGAAAUUCUCAGGCAAGCAGCCACUAGCGUAGAAUAUCUUGACAAGACGACAAGACCAAUCGCGAGGGCUAUCGAGGCAUCGUACGUUACUGGUCUGGAAUACGGUCAUGCCUUUUCCUUUGGUAGCUCCAUCAUUGCAUUUUGUGCCGCAUUACUACUUCGAGAGCGGAAAUUGGAGUCGUGAAGCGCACAUAACCGGCUUGCAAUCUCUAAACCAUCUCUUUCUGUAGCUAGAGCGAGAAUCGCGGUGAUAUAUCUGAUCGCUUUCGCAAGUAGAGGUAGC